AUGCUUACUUUCCACCAGGGAGCAACCACGAGUCUGAAUGCUGCGCUUACUGGUUCCCCAGACUUCCAAAUUCGUAUCCAUGCUCCAGUAGAAGACACUAAGGACACUCUUGCGUCCCUGGACUCCCUCCUGAAACUUGAGGAGGCGGAGCGACGGAUGGAUGAAGAAGACUAUGCUGCUGAGAAGCAGCGAAUGCUCAAUCUACACAAGAACAGAAUUAGGGACCUAGUCUUUGCUGCUUUUGAACCUCUACACGGAAUGGUACGACCAGCAAUACGUGUCCACACCACCGUACCAGGCCGUGUGCCCACUUUCUAUUGGUUUCGCAUACUUAUUGCUUAUUUUCGUGUACCGCAGAUUCCCAACCCGAUAACAACGGAAGCGAUCGAAGGUAUGCGUAAUCUCUCAGAAUUUUAA